CUAUUCUUUGAUAAGAAACAUUUUGAGAACAAAAAAGAAUUAAUAGUGUAGACAAAUAUGUAGAUGACUUGACAUUAGAAUCUAAUGAUAUAUAUUCAUACAAAAAUAUAAUGGAAAUAAUGAAUGAAAACUUUAUGAAUGAGACAUAACAUGAAUGAAAUGAUUCAUUGAUUUACAUUUGAAUCAUAAUGAAAAUCUAAGAACUAACUUGUUUAAAUGAAUUUGUUGAUACAAUGCAAUAGUUUUUCUUUGUCUUUUAAAGCUACAAUUUGAGAAAUUUAAAAUAUUAUUGUACGAAAACAAAAUGAUUUUUCAACAAGAUUUCAAUACUCCUCAUAUAUUUUCACCUAUUCCAAUGACAACACCUCAACCAUUCAGUCCAAAAACGACUACUAUAUUAUCACGUGAAGAACGUAUGCGUUUACGUAAACAAGAACGUCGUAGACGUAAAUUACAGGAGAUUAAAUCUGGUAUUAAAAGAUUUAUAGCAAUGCUUUUUUCACAUAUUGGAUUAUCUGGUUUAGUUAUUGCUUAUACAAUUGUAGGUGGUCUAUUAUUUGGUGGUAUUGAACGUGGAAAAGAGAAAGAAGUUAAAACAUUAGCUUAUGAAUAUAGAAUUGACGCUUCAAAUGAAUUUCUUCAACUCGUAUUUGGUGAACUACACAGUUAUUUAGCAAAACAACGGCAAACAUAUAAUGAUACUAUAGCAUUUUUAGAAUUUGUCAUUGAUUUUUUGGAAAAAGAAAAGCCAAAGAAAAAGACAUAUUCUGUGGAAAAUAUAACAGAUAACUUGGAUUAUAGAGAUAUAAAUCAUGAAAACAAUACGGAAAUUCUAAAUACUACUGACUUGAUUAAUAGAAGUACAUUUAAUAAUUUUGAAAAUAUCAACUUGAAUACUUCGAUGAAAACAAAUUAUUUCAGUAACUUAAGUAAACUGAAUACACCAAAGAAUUCAGCAGGAUUAUAUUAUAAAAAUGUAACCAAUACAGUAAGCGAAUUGGAAUUAGAUAAUAUACGAGGUGAAUACUCAUUAAAAGCUCAAUUUGUUUUAUUAUUACGUGGUCGUGUACAAAUAGCACUUAUGGAGUUCACUAAACGUGUUGUUGAUUUCAUCGAAACUGAUGGUUGGAAUGGUAAUGAUUCAAUGGAAGAUUUAAAAUGGUCCUUUGCUGGUUCUGUCCUUUAUGCCAUAACUGUAAUUACAACAAUUGCUAUGUCAAACAAGCAAAUACAAUUUGAUCCUGCUAGCGGUAAAGUGAAUGCACACUGCACCACAUUAGGACGAAACGGCCAUCCAAUGCUUCCAGAUUUUUCAAUGGUGAUCUAACAUCAAUCGGUUCAUGAUCUCAAUCAAAAACUAUAAAAAAAUUUACUGAAAUUUAUAUCAUAAAAGUUUUCUAUUUCUCUAUUCUAUUAAACUCUAUGAUGAAAAUAGUUAGAUCCAAUAAAGAAGUAUACAUUAUAUAAACUAUACACAGGCUAGAAAAAAAACUAAGACUAGACAUUGGUUAUGUUUCAUUAACUGUAUUUUUUUUUUCAGUUUCUAGACAUAUCAUUUUAUUUAACCGAAUAUCUGAACUACCGUUCGUUUUUAUAGAUACGUACAAAAUUUAAUUGAAAAAUUACAAAAUAUCGUGAUAUCAACAUAAAACUGUAAUGUUGUUGUAUUGAACAAGUGAAAAACCAAUAAACAAUUCAAUUGUAUAAACCUUUAUUCAUUCUUUUGAAGUAUAGAAUUAUAUAUUGUGUACUUUAUUCGGGGUUUUUUUCAUUUACAAAUGAAAGAAAGUAGUUUGUUAUUACCUAUACUUGGAUAAAUAUAUAUUUUUUAAAGUGUUUAACAUUAAUAAAGUACUACUUAA